AUGGAAUCAGUGAAGCGCGAUAAUGGAAAAAAGAACUUUCUCGCCAAGACAUGGAAAAGGUGUCGAUCUUUCAACCACCACAAGAAAGAUGACGACAGCGUUACUGGUUUGAUGAAAAGCAAAUCAUGGAGUGGAGAGGACAUGAAAAAUAAGAAGAAAAAGACACCCGAAGGUUUCUUCCCAGUCUACGUUGGGCCAGAAAAACAACGGUUUGCUAUCAAGACAAAAUACGUGAACCAUCCGUUGUUCACGAUGCUUCUUGAGGAUGCUGAAUCUGAAUAUGGCACACACUUUGAUGGCCCAAUCAUGCUUCCAUGUGAUGUGGAUCUGUUCCUUAAUGUGUUGGCUGAAAUGGAGGCUAAAGAUGUGCAACCACUUGUGUGGAGCUUUUCGUAUGGAUCGUGCACCCCGUUUACUCCUAGCCGUCGAGUUGGAAACCACGGUGCAGAUCACCAGUUGGGUAAAGGGUAUGGUUCUUAUGAAGUUUUAAGGCCUUCGAGCUUGAUUAAUUAA